AUGAGAGGCUUCAUCGGUGCUGUGGCCGGCCUGGCGGCUGUUGCCAGCGCCACCCCCUCACUCUCCAUUGAGACUGUCCACGACGGCGCCGCGCCCAUUCUCUCUUCCACCAACGCUGAGGCUGUGCCGAACUCGUACAUCGUCAAGUUCAAGAAGCACGUCUCGGACUCCGGCGCCUCGGACCACCACAACUGGGUCCAGAACAUUCAUUCCUCUGCUCAGGACGAGCGUCUCGAGCUGCGCAAGCGCGGCCAAGAGCCCCUGGUUGAUGAUGUCUUCCAUGGCUUGAAGCACACAUACAAGAUUGGCAAGGAUUUCUUGGGCUACGCCGGUCACUUCGAUGAUGCCACCAUCGAGAAGGUCCGGAGGCACCCUGACGUUGAGUUCAUCGAGGUCGACUCCAUCGUCCACACUCAGGUUCCCAUCAAGUCCAAGGUUGAGGAUACGUGCGACGGCGAGCUCGAGAAGCUGGCCCCCUGGGGUUUAGCUCGUGUCUCCCACCGCAAGUCUCUGGGCUUCGGCACAUACGACAAAUACCUCUACGCUGAGGAUGCCGGCGAAGGUGUUGAUGCCUACGUGAUUGACACCGGCACCAACGUCGACCACGUCGACUUCGAGGGCCGCGCCAAGUGGGGAAAGACCAUUCCCUCUGGUGACCAGGACGCUGAUGGCAACGGUCACGGCACCCACUGCUCCGGUACCAUUGCCGGCAAGAAGUACGGUGUCGCCAAGAAGGCCAAUGUCUACGCCGUCAAGGUUCUCCGCUCCAACGGCUCCGGCACCAUGUCUGACGUCGUCAAGGGUGUCGAGUGGGCCGCUACCUCCCACACUGGCCAGGUUCAGGCCGCCAAGGAUGGUAAGCGUAAGGGCUUCAAGGGCUCCGUCGCCAACAUGUCUCUUGGUGGUGGCAAGACCCAGGCUCUUGACGCCGUUGUGAACGCUGCUGUCGAAGCUGGUAUCCACUUUGCUGUCGCCGCUGGCAACGACAAUGCUGAUGCCUGCAACUACUCUCCCGCUGCUGCCGAGAAGGCCGUCACUGUUGGUGCUACUGAGCUCGGCGACCGCCGCUCUUACUUCUCCAACUAUGGCAAGUGCACUGACAUCUUCGCUCCUGGCACCAACAUCAAGUCCACCUGGAUUGGCAGCAAGUACGCCGUCAACACCAUCUCCGGUACCUCGAUGGCCUCCCCCCACAUCUGCGGUCUUCUGGCCUACUAUCUCUCCCUCCAGCCCGCCUCUGACUCCGAGUACUCUGUUGCUGCCAUCACCCCCAAGAAGCUCAAGGAGGCUCUUAUCGCUGUCGGUACCGUCGGUGCCCUCAGCGACAUUCCCCGCGAUACCCCCAACGUUCUCGCCUGGAACGGCGGUGGCUGCAACAACUACACUGCCAUUGUCAACGCUGGCGGCUACACUGUCAAGCAGGAGUCUCAGGAGUCCACCAUUGAUGACCUGGAGAAGGCCAUCGAGGAGGAUUUCGAGGUUCUCUCUGGCAAGGUUGUUAAGGGUGCCAAGAACGUCGGUACCAAGGCCGAGAAGCUUGCUAAGAAGAUCCACAACUUGGUCGACGAGGAGCUGAAGGAGUUCCUCAGGGAGACAUCUUUGUCUACGGCUUCCGUUCGCUCGGCUGUUCAACGAUUAGAGCACAUUGACCCAGUCACUGCCGAGAGAGACGCUCGUAUCGCUGCCACCCUGUCUUUCUGCCGUGCGAACCGCAAUGCCGAUUUGGCAAUGGAAUUCGGUACUUCACGACAAAACCAACGGUCCUUCAACAUGGAAACCUGGCCAGAGAAUCCCAAAGAUCCUAGCCAGACUAAAAGCGAGCUUGAUCAGCUUGGCUCCAAUGACGGAGGCCUACGCCUUCAGCAAAGUCUUCGUUUCGUGAAUCAUGGGUCCCGAGCCAAGCGCCCGCAAAGCCAAAGCAAUGAUAACUCUUCUGAUAUGGGGACUAUUCGACGCCGCAGUGUCCUUAUAGAUGUUGUGAACCAGCCGGCCAGCCGAGCUUCCCGCAAUGCUGAGCGUCCAUUUGUGAGCACUUACACAACCAACUACAUCGAUUCCUUGCCCCCCAGUGAGUCAUUCGGGUCCCCGGACGAAUGCGCACCUGCACCGGCAUCUUACAGAAGACUUCGAAAGUCACGCUCAAUGUUCGCCCCCUUGAAACCGACAGGGCUGCGCCGAACAAGUACCACAUAUCUCAGCGAGCCCCCGGAGCAGGAGAAUGUACAGCCUGCGUUGCAGCCACAGUCAUUACAAGACACCAAAGAGGCUAAGUCGCCAUCGAAGAAGACACUCGGGCUGAGAGCCCCAAAAUCAACGAGCUUUCUCAAAGUCCGGGGCGCCAUGGACUCGGCUCGAACUGGCAGCCGACAGCAGAUCGAUCUGGCAGUCCAGGACGCUGAGGACAGUUUCCGCAAAGACAUUGAGGAGCAACGGCAUUUGAAACGGCAAUCGUCGACACUAUUAUCAAAAGCGAAGAAGGGCCAGGCGUCUUUGAGUCUACGUCGAUCUAUGAGAGACUUUAGCGCCGAUGUCAAUUCUGUUGGUCCUGAAAACGGCUUGGCUGUCCGCAAAGACGCUUCCCUACGAAACAAAGCUCGAAAAGUUUCAAACGGCCUCAAGAAUAAGCUCAAGGAAAUGUUCCGAAGGAGCAAGAAGGAUGAUUCGGUAGUGGUAGCUACCGAACCAGAGCCAAUAACUUCACUUGCAGUCCAAGAUCUAAUUGGCGUCGACAAUGAGCAGGAUGAUGCCUACAUGGACAUUGUGGAACCCAUCUUGCUGGACGAGUGUUCAAUUUCGCAAGUACCUUCGCGAGUUCCGUCUCUUCACAAUGCCUCUUCGACCCAAAAGCUCCGCUCGCGUCAAGGAAGUAUAGAGAGCAUAGGGAGUGAAAGAAAAGCAUCGGAUGAGAAGUCUCGCGUGACCAGUUGGACGAGCUCAGGCACCCUUACCCUCAAUAGCCAAAGUACUUGGGGCGGCGAGCGGGAACGGCAACGGCUGUCUAUCAUCAAAGAAAUUGGACCACAUCAGGCCUCUUCUUCUUUCCAACGACCAAACAUGGGCGAUGGCAAUCCAUUCGAGUUCGAACCACAAUCUUCACCACACUCGGAUGGACUCGUCCGCCCUGGUCCAUCCGUCGAUAGUGCCAGAGUCUACUCCGCCCUCAUGAAGCGAUUGCAUGACUACAAGCAGAAGGAUCAACGAGGUGAGAAGCUUCGAAAUGGUAGCGCCAGGAGUAUUGGUCUCAAAGGGCACGGCUCAGUCGAGUUGCCAAAGUCCCUCGGCGACCAGGAGGUUGACGAAGCUGGGGACCAAGACCCGCCAACUAUAAGAUGUGUCUUGCAAGAGGACGACGUUUUCCGUGACAGUCCAUUGGAACAAACAUCGCAAGCACCAGUCGAUACCAAUGCCCCUGAAUCGGGAAAAGAUGAAGCCGCGUCGUCAUCUAGCAGUACGGUGCAUCAUCGCCAGCGCUCUGCUUCUGAGACUACCAUCGGAUCUCACAACGCCUAUCCAAGGCUUGUGGCUGGUGACGGGCAGAACCACUCGCCCUCGAAGCCGUAUAAGAUGCACGGCGGUAACGUCACGAACCCCCCGAAAGCCUUGUCAACUCGCAGUUCUGCCUUCUUUGGCAGCCCGACUUGUCAUCUCUUCCGAACAACGAGUCCAUACCGCAAGGUCCUACAAGAAAAGGUCAAGUUAGAGUCACAAGCUCCAGCUCAGCUACUGUCACCAUCUGUCUCGAUGCUAAACCUGGAGCUGAUCCCCACAAGGCGUCGGCCUAGUCUCUCUAAGGAAGAUCCUCGCCUUGCCUACUCUGAAAGUGUGUACUCUGACGACCUCCUUUCUCCACGAGGGAUACCACAGGUCUUUGGGGAACAACCAGUGCCAAGGCUGCCGCCUCGACACCCCAAUCACAAAGCAGCUGAUACUGACCCCUGUAUGACACCCUUUGCGUACGACAACUCGAAAGCUACUUUGGAGGAGCGCAGCUCGGAUGUCACCACUGGGGCUGGUGCUCACCAACAGCGUUAUGUACCGGUUGGGCUUCAGACUUAUACACCGACGAUGCCGGAAUGUCGGACGGUCUCAAACGCAAGCUCUGUGGAGUGGAAGACUUGGCUUUCCGCGAAUGCGGCCAAUACCGAUGCCAAGUUGGCCAAUGCCGGGACACGGCAUUUGACAGAAGUUCGGUACGCAAAGCCAAGCAUGCCCAAGAGCUUGGGUCAUGUGCGUGAGCGCGCAGAGAUUGAAGAGCCAGAGUCUCCAACUCUAUACAGAGCGACAGGCACAGGAAAUGCCAAACUGCAAACGCCUCUGAGAGUCACAAGCCACAAUCCACGACAAACCUCGUCUGCCAGCCGCGUCGAGCUCGGCACAGACGACCCAAAGUUCUCACCGCCUAUCAGAGACGAGAACAUGAUCCCUAUGUCGGACGGACGUAUGACUGGACGCGUUCGUGGUAUUUACGGUCCUCCACCAAUUCCACUCAGGAGCUCUUUGAGGACAAUCCCUUCGAUGCCGCUGAUGCAGCCACGUCCUUCUCAUAGCAACUUACCUGUCAAGUCGACAGAUAGAAAGGCUUUCAAGGCGCGCAGCUUGGACGUCAUAUCAAAGGCCCAAACUGCUGAAGUCCCUCUUCAAGUGAAAAGUCGAUCUCCGGUCAAACUAAGACAAUUCGGCCCCAUGCUAGCCAGUGAACAAUCCAAGAACGGUUCUCCAAGGGAAAGGCGAGGCUCCGUCCGUCGGCUGCUAGACUACAGCAACUCGCACGAUGGCGAAAGGUCCGAUAUCGCGAGCAUUGACGAUUGGAAGGCUGAGGCGGCUGGUAGUCAUCAUUUGGUGGAAAACUUUCUCAGCAGCCGACGUCACCCCCCACUUCCUGGCGAGUCAAGAGCGUUCUUGUGA